UCAGUUACGGCAGUUGCAAUGUAAUCUUGUCUCACUCUUUCCACUAUCCAAAACUCCAACUCAAAGCAUCAUUUUUCCUUAGAUUCUUCUCCCCACAAAUUUUGCCACAUAAAUAAACACGAACCCUAAUUUCAUUUUUCUCAAUUUCCCCUCCUUAUAAAAUUUACAGUUUAAUGGCGUCUUCUUCUUCACCAAUUCUUCUCACUUCAAACCCCAAUUUGAUAUCCUCUAACCAUAAGAAACCUUAUAAAACCCUCACUUUAAAACGAAUCCAAAUCCCUAAUUUCAAUACACAAUUUAACAAAAACUCUUCUUUGAUUUCGUUUCAAUUGAGUAGAAGGAAGGGGGUUAUUGUUAGUGCUUCUCUAGGAGAAACAGAAAAGGAAGAGAAGAAGAAUGAAUUUCCUGCUGCUGCUGCUACUUCUGUUGUUGGCGAAGAUUCAGCUUUUUUUGAUUUGGGUGAACAAAAGAUUAUAUCUUGGGUUUAUUUUACUGGGAUUCUAGGAGUUGUUUUGUUUGCUCUUGAUGUGAUUUGGAUUGAUUCAACAAAUGGGUUUGGACUUGGUAAAGCUUUUGUUGAUUCUGUUUCUAAGGUUUCUGAAAGUCAUGAGAUUGUAAUGCUGAUCCUUAUUUUUAUUUUCGCGGCUGUCCAUAGUGGUCUGGCUAGUUUACGGGAAUCAGGAGAGAAACUAAUUGGGGAACGUGCUUUCCGUGUUCUGUUCGCAGGGAUCUCUCUUCCUUUAGCAGUUAGUACUGUUGUGUACUUCAUUAAUCACCGGUACGAUGGAAUGCAAUUAUGGCAACUUCAGACACUUCCAGGGCUUCACCAACUUGUCUGGAUCUCAAAUUUUGUCUCCUUCUUUUUUCUUUACCCCUCGACCUUUAAUCUAUUAGAAGUCGCAGCAGUUGAUAAGCCUAAAUUGCAUCUUUGGGAGACUGGAAUCAUGAGAAUAACCAGGCACCCUCAGAUGGUUGGGCAAGUCAUGUGGUGCUUAGCUCACACAAUCUGGAUUGGCAACUCUGUAGCAGUGGCAACCUCUAUUGGUCUAAUAGGACACCAUCUGUUUGGUGUAUGGAAUGGUGACAGGAGACUUUCUUCGCGGUAUGGAGAAGCAUUUGACAUUGUGAAGAGUAGAACGAGUGUCGUCCCAUUUGCAGCUAUAAUAGAUGGCCGUCAAAAGUUACCCAAAGAUUAUUACAAGGAAUUUAUUAGAUUACCGUAUCUGACAAUCACCGGGCUGACUCUAGGUGCAUAUUUCGCUCAUCCAUUAAUGCAGGCAGCAAGUUUUCGGCUUCAUUGGUAAGAGAAAAAGUUUGAAAAGAUGGCCUUUCUUUUGUUCCUCCAUAUAUAGCCAACACGGUUCAAAUUGUAUAUACUAUAUAUCUUAUGACUAUACUGCUUAUGAUGCUCAUUCAAUCCAUCCAUCCUCGGAAUGGUUAGAAAUAUCCAUAGAUGCAACUAAGUAUAGACAGCAUUGAUCAUAUGUAUAAAAGUUUUCAAAAGAAAAUAUAUCAAAUUGAGCACGUAUAGCAGUAAAGGCAUACUAGAGAUGAUGGUACGAAGACGAUUUAUAUAGGACUGCUGCUGAAUAUGUCACUCUUGCUGUGCAAGUGAAUUGCGCUACUAGAGUAAUCGAAGUAGUUGUGAUUACCAGUUUACCACCACACAAAUGACUGCCGAUGUAACUGUAAAAUAAUCACCGCAGAAUCAGGAGACAGACACAGCGAAGAGAGCUGGAGAUCUGAAGGAGUUGGCAGAUUGAGGAGUGUGAGCUAGGAUUACAGAGAGGAAACUAAUAACACUGAGUGCAUUCCUUUACUCAAAUACAAAGUUGUAAACCCUUUGUAAAUUUUAACCUCGUUGAUUGACAGUAAGAAUUCGAAUUCGUUAAUUACUUUGUGGAAAUAGGUGUUGGUUGAACCACAUAAAUAACAUGUGUCAUUUGCUUUGCA